AGAAAAUAAAUAGAAAAGGUGGAUAAAGUAAGGAGGAAUAGAUGGCCCAAGAGCUACCAUGCUGACGUUACUGAUCUAUAGCUUCUAGUUUUAUGUUUACUAAAGCAAAAGAAAAUAGCUUCAAGUUUUAUGACAAACAACAACCAACGUUGCUGUGUCUGAGAGGGAGCGCUGAGCAACAUUGUAUUGGUUUGAAAUAACGUUUAUGGCUUCUCUGCUCCCUACAACUGCAACCACACUUCAAUAUAAUCACACUAUCUUCUUCUCUCCUCCCAAACCCACCACCCCAAUUCUCAUUCCUUUCUCAACAAACCGUUUUAAGAUUAACUCUACAAAGUGCAAUGCACUGAUAACAUCCCCAAAGACUUGUUGGAUAACACCUUUUAUAUGGACCAGUUUCCUGUGCUGAGAUCAGUGUUAGUGAAGUUUCAGACUAUAACUGAAGACUUAUCAGAGAUGCAGAGGUGGGUGUUUGUGAUACUUGCUGGAAUGACAUGGGUUUACUUAACUGCAAGGCCUGGUGUUCUUGUUGGUGCCAUUGAUGCAUUCCUUUUGGCUCCACUUCAACUGCUUUUGGACAGUUUAUCUGGAAGGAGAAAUCUUAAGAGAACUGAUUUUCUUAUUGGAGAUAAGCUUGGAGAAGGGUCAUUUGGUGUUGUUUAUUCAGGUGUUUUGGUCCCUAAGAAUUUAGAUGUAGAAGAGAGGUUGCAGAAGAGUGGAGGAGGCAAGGUCACUAAGUUGGAAGCUAAAUCUAUGGAUAAAGUUAUUCUUAAAAAGGUAAAGGUAGGAAUUGAAGGGGCAGAAAAAUUUGGUGAUUUUGAGGAGUGGUUCAAUUACAGGGUCUCUAGAGCAGCUCCUGAAACAUGUGCUAAGUUCCUUGGAAGUUUUGUUGCUGAUAAAACCAAUUCACAGUUCACAAAAGGAGGAAAAUGGCUUGUUUGGAAGUUUGAGGGAGACUGUUCUCUUGCUGAUUACAUGGCAGAUAGAACCUUCCCUUCAAACUUAGAGUCUAUCAUGUUUCGACGUGUCUUGCAAGGUGUAGACUCUUCUAAACGAGAUGCAUUGAUCAUCAAGCAAAUAAUGCGCCAGAUCAUUACAUCUCUUAAGAAAAUACAUGACACAGGCAUUGUGCAUAGGGAUGUAAAGCCUUCUAACUUGGUGGUUACCAAACGGGGGCAGAUUAAACUCAUUGAUUUUGGUUCAGCAACAGACCUUAGGAUUGGAAAGAAUUAUGUUCCCAACUGUAACCCUCUGGAUCCUGACUACUGUCCCCCUGAACUAUCUGUGCUACCAGAAGAAACAAUAAAUCUUCCACCAGAGCCAAUUGCAGCUUUCCUUUCACCAAUCUUGUGGCAGUUAAACAGUCCUGAUCUGUUUGAUAUGUAUUCUGCCGGGAUUGUACUCCUGCAAAUGGCAAUACCAACCUUAAGAUCUCCAGCUGGCUUGAAGAAUUUCAAUUUUCAGAUGAAAACAUGUGGGUAUGAUUUGAACAAAUGGAGGGAGUCUGCUCGCAUCAAGCCCAACUUCCAAAUUCUUGAUGGUGACUCUGGUAGAGGGUGGGACUUGGCAACAAAGCUUAUCUCCUCUGAAAGAAGAGGACGUUUAUCUGCUGCUGCUGCUUUGAGGCAUCCUUAUUUCCUUCUGGGUGGAGAUCAGGCAGCUGCAGCCCUUUCAAAAUUAAGCUUAAGCACAAAGUGAGCUGCCUAGAAUGAAAUGCUAUGUGGGGCUUAUAUGAUAUGGAUAUAAUGGCAUACCAUCUAAAGGUCAACUAAUAUAUGAAUUGACAACCAGAAGUUCUUGGAUUUUGUUCCAUUUUUUCUCUGUUUAAGCCAGAGAACCUCCAGAAAGAUAUGAAAGGAAACUAUGAAUAUUCCUUGUUAUCUAUCUAUCUAUAUGAUAUAACAUAUCCCCUCUUAGAAUCAGUGGCUUAUUCAAACUCAGGGAGCAGUACUCGGUGGUUGCAAUGGCUUGAUCAGCCUUCUCUCAUGAUUUCCUUCUUCAAGUGGUAAAUGUUUCAAAGCUUGGCAAGACAUCACCAGUAAUGCCAAUUCUUAAAACAAAAUAUAGAUAAAGGGCCAGAAUCAAUUGGCAUUCUGAUAUGUAAUGUUUUACUUAUUCAAUGCAAGUUACUUUCAAGAUGAGAUAGUGGCCUAUUCAAUUUCAUUUGGCACUUAUAUUCAACUUGUGCUGUUGUACGAAAUGGUUCUUCUCCAUAUCCCCAUAAAAAAAUGAGUUAUGUUUUCCGCAUAAGAACCACUAUACUAUACACCUAUAAUGCUGCCUUAUUAUUUUACCAAUUGCCAUAUG